CAGUAGACGACGGCCCUCACAAUCGAACUCACUCCGCGUAUUCAACUGUUCGGUGUUCAUAUUUUUAUGUUUUUGUUUCGUCACAUGUGCCGUUCAAAAUGUACUCCGCGGCCGUCAGUCCUCUAAAAUGAAGCUCCUCCUCAAACGCGUUUCGUGAUUUUUUUUUAUUUCAUUUGUGUGAAAUACGAGUGUUACAAAAUUACGUUAGGGGGCGGUACCGUGAUGCCAGUUCGUAAGCAAGAGGCCCACCGAGCAUUAGAGUUGCUGGAAGACUACCACAGCAAGUUGGUGAAGCCCCAGGACAGACAGCUCCGGCUCGCUAUAGAGAGAGUCAUACGGAUAUUCAAGUCACGCCUCUUUCAAGCACUUCUUGAUAUCCAAGAGUUCUAUGAGCUGACACUACUCGAUGAUAACAAGUCUAUUCAGCAGAAGACAGCCGAGACAAUACGUAUCGCGAACAAGUGGGAAGCCGAUGGCGUGCGGCGGGAGUCCUCAUCCGGCGAAAAUGACUACAGAUCGAUUUCAAAUGCAUUCCUGCAGGAGAACAAUCGGAAGGCUGACAGCCGUAACGUCAGCACACCGGAUUCGGCCAAGUUGGGGACGGUGCCUUCCAUUGUGUCACCGGCUGAAAACGCAGAUGAUAGGAGGGCCCAUAUAUCUACACCUGAAAUGAAGCAGUUACAGGUUAACGGAAUAGAGGGAGGUGCGGAGCGCACAGUCGGUGAUGACGGCUACCUGUACCUAACUGUGACGCUAUCGAGGGCUGGUGGUGCUGGACUGGGGUUCAGCAUCGCCGGUGGCUCUGACAACCCUCAUGUUGCGGAUGACCCACUAAUAUACGUCACUAAACUUAUCCCUGGUGGUGCCGCUGCUGCUAGUCAGUUGCAAAUCAAUGAUGCCAUAUUACAGGUUAAUGACACAUCAGUGGAGAAUGUGACACAUGCAGAGGCAGUGGAUGCAUUGAAGAAGGCGGGGAACACUGUAAGGCUGAAAAUACGUCGAGGUCCGACGUCCGAGAAUACGUUAAGUGUAUCGCAAAUAUCGAACAGGGAGGAAGCGGUAGAGAUUGAGCUGGUGAAGGGUGGGUCCGGGCUGGGCUUCAGCAUAGCUGGUGGCCUCGGCAACCAGCACAUACCGGGAGACAACGGCAUCUACGUCACCAAGAUCAUGGCCGGAGGUGCCGCCCAUAGAGACGGACGGCUGAGAGUAGGGGACAAACUGCUCAUGGUCAAAAAUACCUCGAAAGGCGACGUGUGCCUGGACAACGUGACGCAUGAGGACGCGGUGGCGGCGCUGAAGGCUUCGGGUGAGAAGGUGCAGCUAGUACUGAUACCCGGCCCGCGACACGGACAACCCUCGCCGAGGACUUCUAGAGCUAAUACACCUUCGAGCACGGCGAACUCGCACGUGCGGGACGACGGCGGCGAGGCGGUGGAUGGCGAGGAGCCGCGAGUCGUGGAGCUGGAGAAGGGACCCUCGGGGCUCGGCUUCAACAUCGUCGGUGGCGAGGAUGGUCAUGGUAUAUACGUGUCGUUCCUGCUGGCGGGCGGGCCGGCGGAGCGGUCGGGGCGCCUGCGCCGCGGCGACCGCCUGCUCGCCGUCAACGACACCGACAUCACGCACGCCACGCACGAGCAAGCCGCCAAGGCUCUCAAAAGCACGGGUCAAAAUGUGAAACUGACAGUUGUGUACAGACCAACAGAAUACAACAAGUUUGAAGCGCGAAUAAACGAGUUGAAGCAGCAUCAUACACUGUUGAGGACGUCACAGAAACGAUCUUUAUACGUUAGGGCUCUGUUCGACUAUGAUCCGGUGCGAGACGAUGGUCUACCGUCACGAGGGCUGCCGUUCCGAUACGGCGACAUACUGCACGUCACCAACGCCUCCGACGACGAGUGGUGGCAAGCCAGACGGCUGGACUCGACGGACCCGGAUGCGAUCGGUAUAAUCCCGUCGAAGCGGCGCUGGGAGCGCAAGCAACGCGCCCGCGACCGACAGGUCAAGUUCCAGGGACAGGGCACACCCGUUAGCGCUAGUCAAUCAACGUUGGAAAGGAAAAAGAAGACGCUGUCGUUCAGCAGAAGAUUCCCCUUCAUGAAGAGCCGAGAGGACGGUAAAUCCGAAGAUGGUUCAGACCAAGAGCCUUUCAUGUUGUGCUACACUCAGGAGGACGCUAACGCGGACGGGGAAAUCUUGUACCGAGUGGAACUUCCCAUGAUGGAGGAGAUAACGCUCAUUUAUCUCGAGGACGAUAGCCAAGACGAAUCUGUGCUGUCGUACGAGACGGUGCAACAGCUGACGAUAAACUACACGCGGCCCGUCAUCAUCCUCGGACCCCUGAAGGACAGGAUCAACGAUGACCUGAUCUCCGAGUUCCCCGACAAGUUCGGCAGCUGUGUACCACACACGACGCGAGCGCGGCGCGACUACGAGGUGGACGGUCGCGACUACCACUUCGUGGCGUCGCGCGAACAGAUGGAGCGCGACAUACAGAACCACCUGUUCAUCGAGGCCGGCCAGUACAACGACAACCUGUACGGCACGUCCGUCGCCUCCGUACGGGAGGUCGCUGAGAAGGGGAAACAUUGCAUUUUGGACGUAAGCGGCAACGCCAUCAAGAGGUUGCAGGUCGCUCAGCUUUACCCUAUCGCCAUAUUUAUUAAGCCAAAGAGUGUGGAGUCUAUAAUGGAAAUGACGAAGCGAAUGACCGAGGACCAGGCGAAGAAAACAUACGAACGAGCGCUGAAGAUGGAGCAAGAAUUUGCGGAAUACUUCACAGCGGUGGUGACAGGCGACACGCCUGAGGAGAUCUACGGCAAGGUGAAGGCGGUGAUCACGGCGGAGAGCGGGCCCAGCGUGUGGGUACCGCGCCGCGACCCGCUGUGAGCUCACACGCCAUCAUCAAAACCCACCUUACCUUUAAUACCAUCAUGUACUUGAACAACGGCCGAAUACUGAAACUUAUGAGACACCUCAACGGAGGGUAGACACCGAGAAACGUGUCCCUUGUGAGCCAUUCAGUAUUCGUCCGCCUCUGACUUAUGGUCUCACGGUUCGUUGAUGUUGACUUAGGAUAAUACUCUUGAUGCGUUUCUCGAAGUAAAGAUGGGAGGUUUUGAUAACCCUUAAAGUUUCACACUAGCAUAUUUAGUCGCCCUGGACUACUCCUCACUUCGCACACCUAUUAACGAGUUAUGUUAAUUGUUAACUUGUGCGAACCGUCUCGGUGGUGUAAAAGCAAUAACCUUUGUCCCACGUUCGUGCCGAGAACCCUAAUGUCCUUAUAAUGUAAGUGAUUAAAUUGCUUUGUUUUAAUCCUCACGUCUGAGAAUGUAUUUAGAUUGUAAAGGCCGCCUUACUUUUUAAUGCAACCGAAAGUACACAGAAGUUUAUUCAAUGAAAAUAAGUCUAUCUAUACUAUUAUUUAUAAUUCUAUCGAGUUAAAAAGUAAGUCGGCUCCCACGUGCCUCCGAAUGACGCGUUAGAUAGUCAUAAAUUUUCUAUUAAUUUUACACAUUUUAAAAUCGACGCUGCGUAGAUGAUCCUACCUUAGUAUACAUUUUGAGUGACUUUCACGCGAGUACGAGCAGUCCUCACGCGUCAGUAUAGUUCUUAUAGCUUGCGCUAACAGAAUAUAGCGUGUUUGCAUUGUAUUAAAACUAUUUAUUAAAUUUCCUGCUUAAAUUUAAUGUAAAUUGAUUGUAUAUUGUAGCAUAUGAAAUUGUAUUGUUCACGUUAAUUUGUUAAUCAGGUCGCUAGAUCGUUGUCGUGGUUGAAAUUAGUUUCGGUACUCGAAUAAUAACGGCGACGGGAUCGGCGCACCGGUUCAAAGUUAUAUGACAAGUUUACUAGUUGUAACUCUAUAUCGACUAUCGUAGCCCGACCCACCUCACGCCCCUGCAUGGCUAGGCUAAGAAUUAUGUAUCGGAAUAUUUUGCUCAAGCGGCAAUCUGUAUCAUACCCGUUGAAUCUCAUGUCAUGCGUCACGUCCCAUUUAACACUUAGAAGAGGUGCAAAGUUGUUUGUUGAUCAUUUUUAUAGUAAGAGAUUGUGUUAUAUGGUGUGAAAUGUCUCACCGAAUAGUGUUUGACAUUUAUUUAUUGAGAAUUUUAUUUUCUUACGGAUUAAUAGUGGCCAUCUGCAAAUAUGGCACUGAACACAAGCAAACUGAUGCUUAAGAUUCCAUUAAUACAUUUGUAUGUAUCAAUAUUGUUUUAUAAUUUAAGUGCAAUGUUUUUUUUUAUAAAAAUUGUGUACUUCGGUUUGUACUUAAUCUUAACAUAAUCAGACUCAAUUACAAUAAUUAUUUUUAUAUUUAAUUUUAUACUACGGCUAGCAAUAACAAUUUUAUUUAAUCAACAUCUACUUUUAAUUUACCAAAGAAAUUCAUUCGACAUUAAAAGCUUAUUGGCUUCUUUUAACGAGUACUUAAAUGUUUUGAUUUUAUUUAUGAUAAUGUGGAAAAAUGUAAAUAUUAUUUUAAUAGUUUUAAAUUUUAACAAAAAUAAUUUUGUCUAUCUUACUUUUUAACAUUAUUAGGGGUACUCAUAACUGGUGUGACAUUGCACUCGACUAAUAUUAAUUUGUGUAUGUAUUAAUUCCUUGAUAUUUUAACAGUUGUAAGUAUGAUUAACACAAUAUAUUUAUUUAAUAAUAAAAUAUAUUUUAAAACUAAUAAUGUAUUUUUACAUUUUGUAUAGUCAUAAAAUAUAAGUAUUACUGAUUUAGCAACUAGUGAACAUUAUUAUUAUUACCCAUACACCAUAUUUGCAGAUGUACAAAUUUAUCAGUUAGUGAUGUUCAAUAGACUAGUAUGAAUAAAAUUAUUUACGUUAAAAUUCAA